AUGUUACGCACGUCUAUACUGAGAGCUGUCAGACCAACAGCAAGGUCUAUAACGAGUAUUCCUCCCCUUGCUUUCAUUCCUCGAUCAUAUGCAACUCUUUCUCCCCAUACACCUCCACCUACCACACCUUACGAAGUUUUCGAUGAGCCAUCUAAAGAUAGUCAGAAGGAUCGAGCUAUCGCGAGGCUUAGAGAGGCAGGUAACUCUUCGCAGAUUAAUUCUGCUGAGAUAGAUGAGGAUCCAGUGAAAGUCGUGGAUUAUAUACGGGAGGAGAUUGCAGAACGACUAGCUGAGAGGAUCGAGGAUCUACGAAUACCUCCAUCUUCGAUACUCGAGCUCGCUAGUCACUCUGGACAGCUAACGCAGAUACUGCAAGAAGUUAUAGUGGAUGAGGUGCCAUCGUCAUCGGAUCAACAGGAUACACAGACGGAACGUAGGAAGUGGUGGAUCGUCGAAUCCAGUAGGGAAGCCCUACAUCGAGAUGAUGAUUCGCUUUUCGCAUCGCCGCCAACCCGUAUACAAGCAUCUGCCUCGAAGCUGUUAGAACAUCCAGAGAUCGAGAAGCUGAGGGAACAGGUUGAAGCAGUGGUCAGCGGAGGCGGACUGCACUGGGUUGGAGAUAUUGUCGGCGCUCUUACCCAAAUACGACAUCUGCUCAAACCAGAUGGAGUCUUCGUUGGAGCUGUAUUGGGAGGAGAUACCUUGUUUGAGCUACGAACGUCCUUACAAUUGGCGGAGCAGGAGCGUAGAGGAGGUAUAGCAAAUCGUGUGUCACCAAUGAUCAAUCCCACCGAUGCUCCUUCACUUCUCAAUCGAGCUGGCUUUACGCUCACAACAAUCGACGUGGAAGAUAUGACGAUCAACUAUCCAUCUAUAUGGGAAUUGAUGUCAGAUUUACGGGAUAUGGGAGAAAGUAAUGCUAUCCUCGGCAGACGUGCACACGUAUCAAGGGAUGUUCUACUAGCCGCUGAUGCUAUUUACAAGGAGCUCUAUGGUAACGAAGAUGGUUCUGUCCCAGCUACAUUCCAGAUAAUCUUCCUCAUCGGAUGGAAACCAGGACCGAACCAACCCCAAGCUUUAGAACGAGGGUCCGCUACUACCAGUCUCAAGGAUGUCUUAUGA